UAUUAAAAAUAAAGUUGAUAAUAAAUAUCAAGGGUUGAGAUUAUUUUAUAAGUAUUGGGUCACUUACACCGUCGGUGCAUAGAAUAAUUUCCAUUACAACAUUAGGAGGUUUUAUCAGUUUUACUGGCAUGUACUGUACAUUCUUAAACAAUGCAGACCCUAUCAACUCUGAGAUUUUGAUCUGUUGCUUCAUCCAUGCCUCGGUUCCGAGGUCACAAGGCCUCCCAUUCCAGAUCUACUUCUUCUCCUUCUGGACUUGGUUAUGACGUGUUCCUCAGCUUCAGAGGUGAAGACACCCGAAAGAACUUCACUGAUCACCUCUACACGGCCCUUGUCAACGCCCACUUUCGAACUUUCCGGGAUGACCCUGAACUCGAGAGAGGGGAAAAUAUCAAGGAAAAGCUUGAGAAUGCCAUUCGACAGUCGUGGAGUUCUGUGAUUGUGUUUUCGAAAGACUACACCUCUUCCAGAUGGUGUCUGGACGAGCUUGUCUUGAUCCUUGAACGCAAGAGGACCUCCAAGCAUGUCGUGUUACCGGUUUUCUACGACGUUAGUCCAUCUGAACUGAGGAAGGCAGAAAAGCUUGGGAGGAGCCACAGUGAUGGAGUUCUUGCAAAAGCAAAAGCAAAAGCUGGACUUAAUAAAAAAAAUAAAAAAAAGCAAUCGCCGGAGAAAUCGAGUAGGUGGAAGGAAGCACUUAAAGAAGUUGCAGAUCUAGCAGGAAUGGUUUUAGAAAAUGAAGCCGACGGGCACGAGUCAAAGUUCAUCCAAAAGAUUGUUACAGUGAUUCAAGAAAAGCGAGAUCAAGUGGUUGAUUCUCUCUCUGCAACUGCAGAUCACAACUCCUCAUUGCUUUCCCCUUCUGGUGAUUUUGCCUUUGGAUUUCGCCAACUUGAAAACAGUGAGAAUUUCUUGCUUUCUAUAUGGUUUGCCAAGAUACCAGACAGAACCAUUGUUUGGUACGCAAAUGGAGAUAGGCCUGCACCCAAGGGAUCAAUUGUGAACUUGACUUCCGGCAGUGGAUUAGUGCUUACAACUCCUCAGGGUGAACAGCUAUGGAAGUCUGAUCUAACCAUUGCUGGUGUUGUUGCUUAUGGGGAUAUGAAUGAUAACGGUAACUUUAUUCUGAAAGAUAAGAAGUCAGAAAAGUUAUGGGAGACAUUCAAGAAUCCUACUGAUACCAUGUUGCCUGGGCAGAUAAUAGAAAGAGGAGGGAGACUUUCUUCUCGACAAUCAGAGACUAACUAUGCAAGAGGACGCUUCCUGAUAGAUUUUCAAGAAGAUGGGAAUCUCGUGUUUAGUGCCAAAAAACCUUUUCAUUCUACUAAAACUACAACGGGGACUGUUCCAGGUAGUGAAGGUAAACAGUUGGUUUUCGAUGACUCUGGCGACUUCUAUAUUCUGCGAGAGAACCGUGGAAAAUUCACUUUCACAGCAGAGGGACGCCCAGCAGGGGACUACUAUUUCCGGUCAACUCUCAACUUUGAUGGGGUUUUGGUUCAAUAUUUUCUCCCAAAGUCUUCUGUUGACACUGUAAGCUGGAAACCACUUUGGUCAGAACCAAAUAACACUAGCAAGUCAGAACCAGAUAACACUAGCAAGAGAACCCGCGCGAUGCCGCAGGGUAGUUUUCUUUCUAUUUUAAUCUUUUUAUGUUCGGUUUUAAGUUUUUGGUUUAGAAAAAACAACCAAAAUGUGUUUAGAUGAAAUAAAAAAUAUGCGCUAAACGAAUUUUUCAGAAUUUAGUUUACAUUGUAUGAAUCUAGUUGAAACAUGAACAAAGCGUUAUAUUAUCAGAAUAACAUAAUGCAAAAAGAUAAGAGUAAUUAAGGGCUUCUUUGUCUAUAGCUUGUUUGUCUAUGUGAACGACUGGUUCCUGAAUCUUGCCUUGUACAGCGGCAUUUACGAUGACUUCUCCAUGUGUGUUUAUAAGUUGUUUGAUCUGUUUAAGGAUUUUAUAAACAGAAUGCUCUUAUG